GUGUAUUCAUAAUCUGGCGAGGUGACUGGAAAAAGAACGCUCAGGAACAGUGGAACUUUGUUCCUAACCAUGAAGACUAUGGGUUUACUAUGUUUCUGGAUUCACCUGAGACCCUCGAGUUAAUCGAUGAAACCGUGAGGGAGAACUACAUGCUCGCUUCUGGCACUCCUGUCCUCAUAACCUAUGGCAUGCCCGAUUGGAUGAUGUUCCCCAGUGGACCGUCCCCUCCGAUUACGGUUUCCACAACAGCUGAUCUUGAGGCCUUACUCUCCCAGAGGCCCUACCCUGCAGAGAUAACCCUACUCGUAACCUUUGGAGCAAAGAAAGUGGCAGAGUUUCAAUUUCUCUCUCGUGCUCUUCAUGAUAGGUUCUUUGACCUACGUUGUCGGUUCUGCUCAAAAUGCGAGAGAUAGAGCAACAUAUGAGUCGUUGGUUUUCGGAGAAAGGCUUCUUAUCAGCGAGAGGGUUAUGUCUGAGAUAUUUGGAGAGCAAGAGAUGCUUCUCCUACACCGUGUGGCGCUGGAGAUGUCAUAUGCUGACAGGGUAAUGGGACGCCCACGAGUUACAGACGUUCCUCAGGGAUUUGAGAUCAUUCAGCUUGAUGAUGAUGACGACAUACUGGAGGCUUCUGAGAUAGGCAGUACCGUGAAUGGAACCCCUGCAGCAACUGGAGGUAGGGGUUUCGGUUUAACUGGCUAA